AUGACAAAUGAUGACUUGCCAGAAGAACCCAACGAAAAACCUAUUAAGCCUACAAAAGAACCCACAGAAAAACAACGAAGAACUUGGUGGAAGAACUUAAUGAAAAAAAAACCUACCGAAUCACCAAAAUCUGAUAAUCUAAACGCGACUUCAGGAGGCUCCAACUACAGCUCCAACAACAGCACCGACGAAAGCUUUAGUGACAGUACCAACGACGACUCCAGCGACGAUUCCAGUGACGACUUCAAUGAAAAUUCGAUAUAA